AUAGCCACUGUAAAAUACGCACCACCUCUCUAUCUAUAUAUAACUAUACAAAUGUUGUGUGUAUAUGUGUGACACCGACGCCGUAACUAACGGUAAAAGAUUAACCUUAACUAUUCUGCUUCCUUAACAAUCAAGCCCACCCUCACUCUCUCUUUAAUGCCCAUCUUUGUGUCUUUUGCACUUGUGCUACCACUUUUUUCCGGCGAAUUUGGCCGGAAUCUGAUCGGAUAAGUGAAUAAAACUGCAAAUCUUGGAGAGGGUCGAUUUGUUUUGUUGCAUUUGAGGGGUUAAAAUCUGCAUUGUGCCUUCUUGUGCAAUUUAUUGGGGUUUUGAUGCUUGUAGAUGUGAUGGUAUCAAACAAUGUGUAAAUUAGGGGAUGAGAAGAUGGUGGAAAGAGAGGAAAUGUGGAAGGCGGGGAUGAAAAAUGUGGGAGUUGAUAAGAUUGGGAGACCGAAUUUGGUGGUUUCUCGCGCUCCGAUGAUGCUGUGGAUUGUGAGGGGAGUGACAACAGUGUUGAUUUGGACUUUUGUUAUAAGAUUAUUGAUUAUGGGGGAGAUUAUGGGGCCUAAAUUGUUGAAGAGUUGGCCUUCUUGUUUUACUCCAACUACAUUGUAUACUAAUGAGGUUAAAUUAUCGAGUGUCGCUGUUCUUCCCAAAGAUUUUCAUCCUCCCAAGAGGAUUUACAAGAACAAUGGCUAUCUCUUGGUUUCUUGCAAUGGAGGACUCAAUCAGAUGCGAGGAGCAAUUUGCGAUAUGGUUGCUAUUGCAAGAUAUUUAAAUGUCACGCUAAUUGUCCCAGAACUGGAUAAAACUUCAUUUUGGGCAGAUCCAAGUGAGUUCAAGGACAUAUUUGAUGUGGACCAUUUCAUCACAUCCUUAAGAGAUGAAGUUCGUAUUUUGAAAGAGCUUCCGCCUCGACUAAAAAGAAGAGUUAAGCUUGGACUGUUCCACUCAUUGCCGCCUGUUAGUUGGUCUGACAUUUCCUACUAUCAUGAUCAGAUACUGCCCCUUCUUCAAAAGUAUAAAGUUGUGCAUUUAAAUAGAACAGAUGCUCGACUUGCUAAUAAUGGGCUACCAGUGGAGAUUCAGAAGUUGCGGUGCAGAGUUAAUUUUAGUGGUCUGAGAUUUACUUCCCAAAUAGAGGAACUGGGUAGAAAGGUUGUCACCAUCUUGAGGCAAAAUGGCCCUUUUGUAGUCCUCCAUCUAAGAUACGAGAUGGAUAUGUUAGCAUUCUCUGGCUGCAGCCACGGCUGCAACGUUGAAGAGGUGGAAGAGCUAACAAGAAUGAGGUAUGCCUACCCCUGGUGGAAGGAAAAAGUUAUAAAUUCAGACUUUAAAAGGAAAGAAGGUUUGUGUCCUCUGACACCUGAAGAAACUGCUCUAAUUUUAACUGCAUUGGGUAUCAACCAUGAUGUUCAAAUUUAUAUUGCUGCUGGAGAAAUUUAUGGUGGAAGUCGUAGAAUGGAAAGCUUGGCAGCCGCAUAUCCCAAUCUGGUUAGAAAGGAAAAGCUGCUACAACCUUCAGAAUUGAUGUAUUUCCAGAACCACUCAUCCCAAAUGGCUGCAUUAGACUAUCUUGUCUCCUUGGAGAGUGACAUAUUUGUGCCUACAUAUGACGGAAACAUGGCCAAAGUUGUUGAAGGACAUCGUAGAUAUCUAGGAUUCAAGAAGACCAUUGCACUGGAUAGAAAGCUUUUAAUUGAUUUGAUUGAUCAAUAUCAUAGUGGAUCGUUAAGCUGGGAUGAAUUCUCUUCAAUAGUCAAGGAAUCUCAUGCAGAUCGAAUGGGGACUGCAAGAAGGCGCUUAGUCUUGCCAGAUAAACCCAAGGAAGAAGAUUAUUUCUAUGCCAAUCCGCAUGAGUGUUUACAGCCUUUGGUUGAACCACUGGGACUCGCAUGAUUCUCACCUGUGCCAGUCUAGUGGUUAGUUUUGGUCAUAUACUGCUUGUGUAUACUAUGUACAUCUGACAGCCAUUGCUUGGGUCUUCUAUACACAUGUUUUACAAGUGGAUUGCGCACACCUUCAUCUGUUGAGUUAGGCUGGAUGAGCAAUUUGAGGCCUGUGUCUGAGUUCUUUUGGAGCACACUGACGUAAAUUCAAAGAUGAUUAUUCGUAGGAAUUCCUGAUAAUCAAAUUAUUGUACAGAUAAAAGAAAACUGCAUUGUUUCAAGGGGCGAAAUAUUUAGAAAUUAUGGAUCUUGUGAUCAUUAGAUCGAACUUUUUAAAUUUUUGAUAGCCUAAUCAGAUUAUAUAUAUAUUAUCACUUGAACU